AUGGAUUAUGGAAAAGAUGUCUGUUGCAAAGAGAAAAAUAUAUCUAUUUUGGCUAAAGUUCUUGCUGUAGCAACUCUUAUUAAUGGAAUCAUUGAAGUUUCACUUGCAAUUAGUCUCAUUAUUGAAGCUGAAAGUCCAGGUAUAUUAGUUUUGGUGUAUCAUGUAUAUUAGCAAUUAUUGGACUUGUAGUUAAUAUAGCUAGAACAAUUAUAACAUUCUUCAUUAAAUAGAACAUUUUUCGUUUAAAUGAUGAACACCUUAUUAUAUUUUACUCUUUUGUUGUUGUAUUCAUGAUUAAAAAAUAAAUAAAUUUCCAUUGUUGUAUAAUCAAGAACACUAAACAUAGUUUUCAAAGAUUCUUCUUUAAAAUUUCACUGCAACUACGGAAAAUUGAUAGAUUUUUAAAUGUACUAACAUUCUUUUAAACCAUUUUUAACAAGCAUACAUGAUAAACAAAAUUAUUCCCUUUUCGGAAAAAAAAGGAUUAUAGGCUAAUUAAAAAUCGUUAAAGUUUGUUUAUGUAAGCCAGUCAGAUUUCUUGAAGCUGUAACUUAGCCCAAGAAGGUUAUCUUGAGGGUGUGGGUGGAUGUGGAUAUGAGUGUGGAUAUUUUACUUUUCUUUUAUCUACAGCGAUAUUCCCACCCAAAUCCACACCACCCAUUAAUAUAGCCAACUACAUUAUAAAAAGCAUGAACUAUUUCACGUGCUGAAAGAUAAGUAAAAAUCUGAUGAAUCAAUUCGACGGGUAAACGACAUAAUAUCACUAGUCUCUCUAGAAUAAAAAGAAAAAAAACAACGUUGUAGAUAAAAACAUACUGUCAUAUGCAAAACACAUAUGUAUUUAUUUUUUCAUUUUGAUGAAUGA